GUCACGGCUUCGCCCGGGUGUCACGAGGAGCCGCCUCGUCUCCUAGCAACGGCCAAACGCCCUGUCAUGGCGUCGAGCGUGAGGGAGGAGGAGGCCCAGGCCUACCUGGAGCAGCAUCGGAUUGUGGAGCUUUUGGACGGUUUGACCAGCAGCGUCCUCUACCACCGGCCAGAAAGGCCGAGAGAAUUUCUAAUAAGUCUGCUUGAACGAGUCAAGGUUGCGAGAAUGACAGGGGUGGCUUACCCUUACCUUAUGGAUCACUCGAAUUUGACCUCUAUGUUUGAGAUGAUGGACCCUUCAAAACAAGGCUACAUCACCUCCGUACAGCUCAGAGAAGCCCUCCAAACCCUGGGUCUGCCCACAGAAGAUGAGUCUUUUCCGGAUGGUGAGAGAAUCACUAUAGAAAGAUUCAUAAAUAAAGUGAACAAGAAGCGUCUGGCUACAUGUUCCAGAUUUUAAUGGGCCACCUUUUAACUGUGAGGAGAAAUGCUGGGGAAAAAAAUGCCUCAUUGUCAUGAAUAAAUAUAAUGUUGGAAUAACGUU